AUGGCCCCAGAGGGAGGACGAGGCCCCAGAGGGAGGAAGAGGAGGUCACAGAGGGAGGAGGAGGAGGCCCCAGAGGGAGGAGGAGGAGGAGGAGGUCACAGAGGGGGGAGGAGGAGGAGGAGGCCCCAGAGGGAGGAGGGGGAGGAGGAGGAGGUCACAGAGGGAGGAGGAGGAGGAGGAGGAGGAGGAGGAGGUCCAGGAGAGUGUUUCUCGUGUCUGGUGGAUGUGGUGCCGGUGAAGAAUGAAGAUGGCGUCGUCAUUAUGUUCAUCCUGAACUUUGAGGUGAUGAACGACGAGAGUCUGAUCCACAGAACGGACCUGAACCAUCGACUGCCCACCUGGUUAGUCACUGGUCGUCCUCGAGGCUUCAAGCUGCGUCUGCCUCUGCUGCGGUCUCUGUCCAACAGUAAGAUGUCUCUGGAGGACGUGGAGGUGGGACACAUCUCCUCCGCAGCCCCCCUCCCCCUGCACCAGGAGUCCCAGCCUGAGGCCCUGAACCUGCAGGACCAUGACUUCCUGAGCACAAACAGGUUGCCUCCCCUCGGCUGGUCCCAGGACUGUGAGACCUCAGAGCCUGCCCCCACAGGCCUCCAGGCUCCUCCCCCUCCUCUCACCCAGUCCUCCCCCUGUGUGGCCCCGUACCAGCACCGCCUCAGCCUCAACCCAGACUCGGGCUCCAACGGCUCCCUGUCCCACAGCCGCUCCAGGGAGAGCUUCCACAGCCUCCGGAGGGCCUCCUCUGUGGACGAGAUCGAGGCCAUGAGGCCCGAGUGGGAGCGCAAGAACCGACGCACCAGCAUCCGGCCAGGCAGCACGGGUGCGGUCAACAGUAAGUCCACGAUCCUGAACUCGACCUCGGACUCGGACCUGAUGCGGUACCGGACCAUCUCUAAGAUCCCUCAGAUCACGCUGAACUUUGUGGACUUCAAGCCGGACCCUCUGCUCACGCUGCCCACGGGGGACAUCGACCUCAUCGCCCCCUGCAAGCUCAUCGACCGCACCCACCACGUCACCGAGAAGGUCACGCAGGUAAGAGCGCCCCCUGUGGCCUGA